AUGUCAUUACCAGAUAGUUAUUCAUGUCGUUCUUCGAUUUCGACAUGUUUAGAAAAACUUUUUUCUUCAAAUCCACUCAUACCAUAUCCAUCUCAUGUAUAUAUCUAUGGAAAUAAUAAUACAGGAAAAUCAACAUUAGUUAAACAUGUACUUAAUGUACACAAGCAUUCAAUAUUAUGGUUUGAUUGUCGAGAAAUUUAUUCGUUAAAUAUGUUCUAUUCAACAUUUAUUUCAUCAUUAACGAAUCAAUCUGUUCCAACAAUGAGAAAUUUCAAUGAUUUUGUACGAGUAUUACGUGAUUAUUCUAUUCAAGAGAAUAAUCUUAAAAAAAAGAAAACUAAACAAUAUUAUUUUGUUGUACUUCAUCAUAUUGAACUAUUAUUAAAUUAUGAUACAACUGGACAUUUACUUUAUCUUCUAUUUAAAUUAAAUGAAUUAACAUUAGGAAACUUUCAUCAUUCACUUGUAUUAAUUGGUCAUCAACCAUUCUAUCUCUUACCACAAAUGAAUCAAAUCGAAGCUGAAUUAGGUGUAUUAACACCUACAACUAUAUUUAUACCAGCUUAUACUCGUACAGAAAUUAUUGCAAUAUUACAAAAUAUUUUAACACAACAACAAGAUAUACUUCCAUCAUCUAUAAGUCAAUUACAAAUUAUAAUUGAAUUAGCAUUACAAAUUUUCUAUGCUGUUACAAAUGAUCUUGUCGAAUUGAAAGAUAUGUCAACAAUGUGUAUUAAAGAUUAUUUACGUAUUAAUGCAAAAAAACAAGCUAAUGAUGAUGGAAUGAAUAAUGAUUAUCGGAUGCUUUAUCAAAAAGAAUUUUUUAUGCAGGUACUUAAUUCUGUUUAUACACGUUCGAUGAGUAUUCCAAAAUUUCUUGAUACACAUACAGCUGAUGAAGAAACAAUUGAAAAUGCAUCGCCUAUUUCAAUUAUGAAUAAUAAAACAAAUACUCGUGAUCUUCCAUUAUCAGCUAAAUUUUUAUUAAUUGCGAUUUAUUUAGCAACACAAAAUGCAAUAAAAUAUGAUCGUAUGUUAUAUGAUAAACAAAGUCAAGGUAAAAAAAGUCGACGAGCAAAAAUUAUGCAUAAACGAACACAAUUGGAUACAGCAAAAAUUGAAUAUUUACCAUUAUCAUCGAAUAAACCUGUAGCACUUAAUCGUCUUUUGGCUAUCUAUUGUUCUUUACAAGGUGAUACAAUACCAUUAACAAGUCAAAUAUAUAGUCAAUUAGCUUUAUUAACAUCAAUGCGUUUAAUUGAACUUGUUGGUGGUUCAAAUGAAAGUGGAAUUAUAAAUUUAAAUGAACCUAAAUAUCGUUGUAUAAGUUCAAGUGAUUAUAUUCGACGUUUAGCUUCAUCAAUUGACUUUAAAAUUGAUAAUCUUCUUCUUGUCUAA